AUGCCAUAUUCUACAUUUCCACUGCUGUGGGUCCUGGGGCUCCUCGCGCUCUCCUCCGCGUGCUACAUCCAGAACUGUCCGCGAGGCGGGAAGCGCUCUUUUCCUGAUCUUCCACGACAGUGCAUGUCGUGUGGCCCCGGGGACAGGGGCCACUGCUUUGGCCCAAGUAUCUGCUGUGGGGAGGGGAUGGGCUGCUACGUGGGCUCCCCCGAGGCAGCUGGUUGUGUGGAGGAGAACUACCUGCCCUCCCCCUGUGAGGCUGGAGGAAGAUUGUGUGGCUCUGAGGGAAGCUGUGCUGCACCCGGGGUCUGCUGUGACUCAGAGAGUUGUGUGCUAGACCCAGACUGCCUAGAGGACAGUAAACGUCAGUCACCCAGCGAACAGAACGCUGCCUUAAUGGGUGGUUUGGCAGGUGACCUGCUGCAGAUCCUACAUGCCACCAGCAGAGGGAGACCUCAGUAA